AUGAAUGUAACAACAAACGCUGUUGCUGAUGCUUUUGCUGUAUUUGAUGUUACACCUGAUCCAGAUGAAUUAGCAAGAAAGAAUAAAAAACCAGAUGAUUCAGGAAGUGUUACUGUUAGACAAUUAUAUAGAUAUGCUAAUUGGCUUGAUUUAAUUCUUCUUGCUGUUGGUAUUUUUGGUUCUAUUGGAUGUGGUGUAUUAACUCCAUGUCAAAUGUUAGUUAUGGGAGAUAUGGUUGAUACUUUUAAUACAAAUGAUCUUAUGAAAGCCUUCCCUAAUCAAGAAGCAAUGUAUGAUCCAAAAUAUUAUAUUCCAUUUAAUCACGAAGUUACUAAAACUGUUGCAGAUACUAUUAAUGACCUUGUAUUAAAGAUGGUAUGUUUUGCUAUUGGAAGUGGUGUUGGUUCUUUCUUAAUGACUUUUUGUUUCUUUGUUAUGUCAGAAAGACAAGGAAUUAAAAUUAGAAUGUUAUAUUUCAGAGCAUUAUUAAGACAAGAUGCUGGUUGGUAUGAUUUCCAUGAAUCUGGUGAAUUAACUUCUAGAAUUGCUUCUGAUGUACAACAAAUUCAAGACGGAAUGUCUCAAAAGUUUGGUAUUAUUUUCCAAACAACUACUUCAUUCAUUGCUGGAUAUGCAAUUGGUUUUGCAAAAGACUGGGAUUUAACAUUAGUUAUUAUAAUUGCUAUUGCACGUGCAUUGAUUAGAAAUCCAAAAGUGUUAUUACUCGAUGAAGCUACAUCAGCACUUGAUUCAGAAAGUGAAAAGAUUGUACAAGAUGCACUUGACAAAGCAGCAAAAGGAAGAACAACAAUUGUAAUUGCACAUAGAUUAUCAACUAUUCAAAAUGCAGAUCAAAUAUGUGUUAUUAUGAGAGGAAGAAUUGCAGAAAGAGGAACACAUCAAGAGUUAUUAGAUUUGAAAGGAUUUUAUUAUACACUUGCUAUGCAACAAUUUGGAACUGUGGAUUAA